AUGCCUCCCCCAGGUGUGUGUAUGAACAUCAUCAAUGCGCGGCGCAAGAGAGAUGGUUAUGGAACUUCAGCCAACCCGGAGAAGUUCCUCAACCAGGACUUCGAGCAGCUGAAACAGUACUGUCUCAUCCGGCAAGUGAGAUUUGUGGAUGAUAUGUUCCCCCCUGACAGGAGAUCCAUCGGUGACGGGCUUCUGAGCCCUGCUGACUUAGCCAGAGUCCAGUGGCUAAGACCAAUGAAACUUGUUCAGAGUCCCUGUUUUACGGUUGACGGAGUUUCCAGGUUUGACUUUGGUCAGGGUCUCCUUGGAGACUGUUGGUUUCUUGCAUCUAUUGGGGCGCUCACAUUCCAGAGUGAUAUCCUCAAACAAGUCGUACCGGAUCAGAGUUUUGACGAGGACUACUGUGGCCUGUUCCACUUUAAGUUCUGGAGAUUUGGCAGAUGGGUGGAUGUCAUUAUCGAUGACAAGCUUCCAACAGUCAAUGGCAGACUGAUCUUUGUUCACUCCAGAGACCCAGCUGAGUUCUGGCCCGCUUUACUGGAGAAAGCUUACGCCAAGGUGUGUGGUUCCUACAGUGACAUGAGUGCUGGAACUCCUGCUGAGGCCAUGAGGGACUUCACCGGUGGCGUUCACAUCUGCGUCCAGCUGAAGAAUGCGCCACACAACCUAUGGGAUCUGAUGUACCGAGCCGGCCAGUCUGUGUCCCUGAUGGGUUGUGGAACACCACAGGGGGAGACGUCUGAAAACACUGUCCUGCCAAAUGGACUGGUCCAAGGUCAUGCCUACACUGUUACUGGAGUCAAACAGGUGAUGAGCCAAGGGGUGCUAGUACAUCUGGUGCGCUUAUGGAACCCGUGGGGUGAAGGCGAGUGGAAAGGGGACUGGAGUGAUCGGUCCCCUUUGUGGCACACUGUCAGCCCCCAAGACCGAGAGAUGUGCCUCGCCGUGGUUGAGGAUGGGGAGUUUUGGAUGACCAUGGAGGAUUUCUGCAGGUUUUAUAUGGAUCUUGACAUCUGCUGCCUCUGUCCUGACUUCCUUGAUGGGACCUCUUCAUGCCACUGGAAAACCUCGGUCUAUGAGGGCAGAUGGGUCGCAGGGACCACUGCUGGAGGAUGCAUGAAUAAUCCCGGGAGCUUUUGGACUAAUCCACAGUAUCGGGUCAGGGUUGAGGAGUUAUUCAGUGAAUGUUCUGCCAAACAAGGUGAGAACAGCAUGAUGGUGUCCCUCAUGCAAAAGCCUGACAAGAGAAACAGACGCCUGGUCAAAAAUCUCCACAUCGGAUUCUCUGUGUUUGAGGUGACCAAAGAGUAUGAAGCACAUCAGGGGAAGUUCCCAGCCUCCUUCUUCACCCAGACCAGCCUGGUGGCUCAAACAAAAACCUACAUGAAUGCGCGUGAGGUGAUGGAGUUGAUGGAUCUGAAACCUGGUGAAUACCUGAUUGUGCCGUCUACCUUCGCCCCCAAUGAGACCGCAUCCUUCAUCCUGACCAUUCUCUCCAAGGCGGAGACCCAUGUCCAUGAAAAUUCUGGCGGCCACGACCACAGCCACGAGGAAGAGGUGUGCAAGGUUUUCAAGCAUAGAUUCCAAAAUGAAGCAGAUCAAGAAAAUAACAGGACAUUUUUCCGUCAAUACUCUGACAAGUAUGAGGAGGUUGACGCUGAGCAGCUCCAGAAAAUUCUGAAUGAGAAAAUCCUGAAAGGACACUCGAGCUCUGGAGGUUUCAGCGUUGAUGCCUGUCGUAGCAUGGUCGCUCUGAUGGAUACGUCAAUCACUGGCAAACUGAACACUGAGGAAUUUCUCCGUUUAUGGAAGAAGAUCAUCUCAUUAAAGGAAAUAUUUCAGCGCACGGAUGUUUCACAGUCAGGGACACUCUCACUGAAUGAGCUCCGAAAUGCAAUCAUGGCUUCAGGAAUGAGGAUCAGUGAUGAGAUGCUGAACUUGAUGGCUCUGCGUUACGGCUCCUCUGGACAGCUCUCUCUCCAGAGUUUCAUCAGUGUCGGCCUUCGAUUUGACUGCAUGACUAAAAUCUUCAGCCAGUUGUCAGAUGGUGCUGCUAUGACUCUUCGUGAAACAGAGUGGCUGUACCUUUCCAUGUACACUUAA